AAAGGAAGGGGGAGGAGUCCGAGGAGAGCGCCUGCCUGGAAGCACACUUUUGAAGGGACAGAAGAAGACGAAGCGUCCGAGCAGACUGGCUGUCAUACGCUGAUCGAGUUUCCUCUUUGGUGCCUCUCGUUAUUGUAUGCUGGUGCACUCAAAAUGGCCGGACCAACAGUGCUCCCAAUGCAAGUCCUCAACCAACUUAUGGACAAUGGACUAUUUGAUACUCUUCGAAAAAGCAUCACAGCCGAACUUGAAAGCAAUAUGGAACUCAAGAAGUUCACCACUGCAGAGGUCGAGAGAAGUCAAGUACUUCAGGCUCCAGGGGCUGAGAGAAGGUCACGAAGGGAGCUCUUUGAAGCUCUUAGAAGGGAACUACAGAGCAAAGUACUGGAAAGGGCUUCCGAGGCAGCCUGGAAUGCGAUCCUCUCAAAAGACAGUGUUGGUCGUCAGAUUGAGGAGCAGGUGGAGAAGACGUGGUGGGAACUCAAUGGCUGGGGAACACCGCCUGAGCGCAUUCAACCCCCAAAACAGAAGCCAGCAGAAGAGAAACCUCUGGUUGUUGUUGAGCACUCAGCCCCUUCAUUGACCAAUGCGUCUGGCAUUGGCAGCGGAACGGCAGAUGAAAGAGGCCCUGAUGCGGUGGGAGCUGCAGACCAGCCAGAGGCCGCUGCUCAAGUGACACUAGGUGCCGGAGCAGCACCUCGAGAGGCUUCACAUUCCCUUCCAGAGGAAGUUCAGUACGUGCCUCUUAGAAUGGACUUGGACCAGGCGCCAGGGGAGGGGACUGAGGGUGGUGCACCUCCAAGCAGCGGGGUUCUUGUGGCCGAAGUUCGCACUGCAGGGGGAACAGAGUCAGAGGGGCAGUCGCGCCUUCUUUCAGAUGCACCGGCAGAGGCGUUCGGUCAAGUUGGCGUCAAAGCAGCUGCAGUGGACGAUCCGACAUCCAUCGCCGCUGAGCCAGCAAAUUGUCUUGAAGGGGAAGCGACACGGGCGGCAGCCUUUGUCAGGAUGCAGGAUGGGUCAGAGCCGCAUCUUGAAGCCCAGGAGGGAGUCGUCAAGCAAGAUGAUCCAUCCCUGAAAGAGUCGGAGCAGGAACAUGUGGGGAGUCGUCUCAUGGACGGGCCUGGAGGGCUAGUUGAAGAAAAAGGAGAGACGCAUGGUCAGAACACGGAAAGCUCAGUGGAAGGGAAUGUUGAGGAGAAGGGGGACAAAUCUGGUGCAGAGCAGAUUGUUCACAAUGAGGUCCAGCCUUCCAGCAUGGAGAUCGCAGCGCCAGGUCUUGAACUUGAAGCAAGCAAGACAAGAGAUCCUCGCAGAGCAAGAGGAGGAGACCGGGAUACAGAUGUCCAGUUGCAUCCUAGCAUAGGGUCGGAAGCAACGGAAGAGUUCGUUUCUGGUACAGGGCCAGUUGAAGGAUCAGCAACGCCAUCUUUGGUACCCUCAAGCAAACCAGAAAUUGUUAGCAGCCCAAUUGAAGCAGACGUCGAGAUGACGGAAGCCACUGCGCUGGCCGAUGUUUCGAAUGCUGUUGAAGCUGGUCAAUUGCAGACUGGUGGGGAUUAUGUGGAGGCAGCUGCUGAUGGUAUCCAUCCAUCAGUGGGCGGAAAAAGGGGCGUCGAAACAGAGGAGGAACAAGCGGGAAGAGGAACGGAGGAGCAAGGGGCCACAGAAGCGAUAGGGCAGCUGGAUGGACGGGCGAGACUGGGAGGGGCAGGUAGCGAGGUGCAGGUUUCGGGAGGGCUAGGUGAGGUGGAAAAGCCGGCAGGGUCUUCAAACAAUCAAGAACAAGGGGUUUCAGAGAUUGGGGCAGCACCUGUCGGAGCGUUGAUAAGUGAACCUCUGAUCGAACCCCAAACAAUGGAGGAAGGAUGAGAUUGCUCAUCCAACUUGUUCGAUCUCGGUUGCCAGACCUCCAUAUUGAAGCUUGCUUCUGGAUUGGAGUUGUAUUGCUAUAAGUCUCAAAUCUGAUGUCAAUGCAGAACUUAUCCCUAAGGGGCUCUUGAUUCGACAUGAAGGAGUGCUUCAAUUGCAGG